AGAGAUAUUUGUUUGGCUCUGGAUGGUAUCUCCUCUCACAGGUCUUCUAGAUAACUGGGCUCACCACUUGGGAUGGGCAAACCAAAGAAAGAAGCUUUUGACUAUUGAUACUCCUCUGGUCUGGGUCCAUGAGCUCCUUGAACCAGGAAGAAAUAGGUGGAAUGAGGAGCUUGUUAGAAGUUGCUUCUCACAUGAUGAAAGUAAGGCUAUUCUAGCCAUCAACACUCUGAACUCUACUUUCAAAGACAAAUGGAUUUUGGAAGGGAACUCCAAUGGUUCAAUUUCAGUGGCUAAGGCUUACUCAAUUGUCUAUGAGGAAAUUGCUAUCAUU